GGUUCUUGGAAUCCCUUAUGUCAAUGUUCACACAUGAUCAAGGAGCUGGGCUGACCAUCAUGUCUGACAGGCAAAAGGGUUUGAUUAAAGCAAUGGCUGAUGUUAUUCCCAAAGCUGAGCAAAGGUUUUGUGUGAGGCAUAUUUGGGCUAACUUCAAGCUCAACUUCACUGGAUCAACCUUUAAGGAGCUGUUUUGGAGAGCAGCUAGGGCCACCACCAUUUUUGAGCAUGAAAUUGCCAUGGAGUCUAUCAAAUUCCUCGAUGAAGAGGCAUAUGAGUAUUUAAUCAACAUUCCUCCCCACCAUUGGUCUAGACAUGCAUUCACACCAAACUGCAAGUCCAACAUGUUGUUGAACAACAUGUGUGAGACUUUCAAUGCAGUCAUUAGGCCUGCCAGAGAUAAACCUAUCCUCACCCAAAUGGAAUGGAUGAGGAGGUAUAUUAUGAACAGGAAUAAUGAAAAGUGGGAGGAUUCAAAAACAAUUACACACAACUUAGUGCCAUAUGUGAGGCAUGUUCUGGGGAGGAUAGACUUUGUGGCUAGGUCCUGUGUGGUGCAGCCAUCCAGAGGGAAUACAUUUGAGGUGCAGCUGAAGGAUGACCAGGUGUUGGUUGAUUUGGACAAGGAGACCUGCACAUGUUACCAUUGGGAACUCACUGGCAUUCCAUGUGUUCAUGCUUAUGCCUGCAUAUUGGAUAUGAGGGGUGACAUAGAGGCUGUUGUUGACCCAUACGCAUGGACACAUACAGGUCUGCUUAUGAACCAGCUGUCCAACCAAUGCCUGGCCCAAAGCACUGGGAGACAGUCAGAAUGAGGGAACCACUACCCCCUUCUGUUAAGGUGCAACCUGGGAGACCAAAGAGCAAAAAAAGGAAGCUUGAGCCAGGAGAAUGUUCUUCUUCAGGUGGUCAGGCAAGUACCAAGAGGAAGAAGCAAUGCAGCAACUGUGGGGGAUAUAGGCAUUAUGCCAAGACUUGCAAAGUACCUGCUGCACCAGCUACAGAGCUGAUAAAGUCAGCAGGCAGACCCCCACUGAACACUCCUUGGAUGGUGGAGGAGAGGAAGAAGAAAGAGAUUAGGGCUGCUAAAAAGGUAACACAAGCAUUACACCAACUCCCCCUUUGUUUUAUAUAUGUAUGUGUCUUUUCCAUUGACUUUUUAUUUUUAUAUGCAUGUCAUAGAGUGCAAUUGGGGCUGGACCAAACAGCAUAGGAAACAAAAAGUUUCCUCAAGAGCAAGAAGGUUGUCUGCCAUUCAGCAAGCGCCCACAGCCACAGUCUUCCUCAGCUAAGCAUUCCUCAGCUCAGCCAUCCUCUAGUCAGCCAUCCUCAGCUCAGCCUUCCUCAAGUCAGCCUGCCUCAAGCCAACCAAAAAGAAAGACAAGGUCUUCCUCAAGUCAGCCUACAACAGCCACAGGUGUUGUAACAAGGGCCAGGCUGCAAUCCCUCAACAACCUUACUCAGUGAUGUACUCAUGCUGGAUAUCAAACAUUAUGUCUGUUGAACAAUUUCAAACUUUUAUUAUGUACUCAUGACUGGUUAUGUAACUUGCUAGUUUUUUAGUGGCUUCCCUUAACAAAUUUGAACAAUUAGAUAUUGAAUUGUAAUGGUUGCAUGGCUUUGAUUGCCAUUGAAACAUGUUGAAGUAA